AUGGUCACUGACUUCUUCUACCCCCAACCAGGAGGAGUAGAAUUCCAUGUCUACCACCUAUCACAAAAACUAAUAGACCUCGGUCAUUCCGUCAUUAUCAUCACGCACACCUAUGACACCCGUAACGGAAUACGAACCCUCACCAAUGGACUCAAAGUCUACUACGUUCCCUUCUUUGUCCUAUAUCGAAGCUCAACAUUCCCAACAGUAUUCCUGGCCUUCCCAAUCUUACGAAAUAUUUUCAUUCGUGAACAAAUAGAUAUCAUACAUGGACAUGGCUCCCUAUCGAGUCUAUGUCAUGAAGCCAUAUUUCAUGGCAGGACAAUGGGAUUAAGAACAGUAUUCACCGAUCAUUCAUUGUUUGGAUUUGCAGAUGUAGGUUCGAUAUUGGGGAAUAAGGCAUUGAAAUUCACGUUGAGUGAUGUUGGACAUGUGAUUUGUGUUUCACAUACAUGUAAAGAAAACACCGUCCUUCGAGCCUCGUUGGAUCCGGUAAAGGUUUCAGUCAUACCCAAUGCUGUCAUCUCACGAGAUUUUCGACCGAUUGAAAAGAAGAAGAACCAGAAGAAGAAGAAGAAGAAGGAUGGGAUUACGAUUGUGGUUAUAACGAGAUUAUUCCCAAAUAAGGGGGCGGAUUUACUUACGGCGAUUAUACCACGUAUUUGUCUUGCUAAACCAGAUGUGUAUUUUUUGAUUGCGGGUGAUGGACCGAAGUUUUUGGAUUUGGAACAGAUGAGAGAGAAAUAUUUCCUACAGGAGCGAAUCACGCUUAUGGGUGCUGUUAAACAUGAAGAAGUUAGGAAUGUGAUGAUACAGGGAGAUAUAUAUCUCCAUCCAUCCUUAACUGAGGCAUUUGGGACUGUUAUUGUCGAAGCGGCGUCGUGUGGAUUAUAUGUGGUGACUACAAAAGUUGGUGGGAUUCCUGAAGUAUUACCGAAAGAGAUAACUAGUUUUACAGAACCAGAAGAGGAUUCAUUAGUUGAUGCAACAUUGAAAGCAAUUGAUCUCAUACAAUCAAAUAAAAUAGAUACAUCUACAUUUCAUAAUACAGUGGCAAAAAUGUAUAGUUGGACAGAUAUUGCCAAAAGAACCGAAAAUGUUUAUAAUUCACUUGAUCUUGAUCAAUUGAAUGAACCAUUAUUGAAUCGACUUCAGAAAUAUUAUUGUUGUGGCUUUAUAGCGGGGAAAUUAUAUGUCUUAUGUGUGAUUGUUGAUAUUUUCCUAUAUGUGAUUCUUGAAUGGUUCUACCCUGCAGAACAUAUAGAUAAAGCAUCCAAAUGGCCCAAGAAACGAAAUAAAGAACACGACUCUUAA